AUGGAACACGAACACCGUAGCGCUAUAGUUGUAGGCGCUGGAGCUGGCGGGAUCGCUACUGCUGCUCGCCUAGCAAAGGCCGGUUACAAGGUGACGGUUGUUGAGAAGAACGGCUUUGUUGGAGGUCGAUGUUCUCUCGUUCGUCAUGGCGAAUAUAGAUUCGACCAAGGUCCAUCCCUCUUGCUGAUGCCCGAAGUAUUCUACCGGACCUUCGAAGAUCUGGGCUCAUCGCCUGAAGAUGAGGGGCUGAGAUUACUGAAAUGUGAACCCAACUAUCGUAUCUGGUUCUCGGACCACGAUUACUUCGAAGCAUCGACAGAUCUUUGCAAAAUGAAGCCUCAAAUCGAACGCUACGAAGGCAAAGAUGGCCUGCAGAAUUUCUUCCGAUUCAUGAAAGAGUCGGGUCAGCAUUAUGAUCUCUCGAUGGAUCAUGUCUUGUCGAAGGAUUUUCCUAACUUGUUGGCCAUGCUUCGCCCACAGCUUCUAUUUUCGCUGGCAUCCUUGCAUCCUUUUGAGAGUAUGUGGUCUCGUAUAAAGCUGCAUUUCAAGUCAGACAAGCUUCGGCGCGCCUUCACUUUUGCCAGCAUGUAUCUUGGCAUGAAUCCUUUCGAGGCUCCUGGAACAUAUUCUCUGCUUCAGUACACUGAGCUGGCGCACGGAAUCCUGUACCCCGGGGGGGGAUUGGCAAACAUCGGAAAGAGACUUGGCGUAGAGUACCGCCUAAACACGGAAGUCGCAUCAAUCAUCUGUUCCCAAGACAGCAAGGCUCAAGGGAUACAGCUCAAAUCUGGCGAAGAGCUUUUUGCCGACGUCGUUAUUAUCAACGCAGACCUUGUAUAUGCGUACAACAAUCUUCUGCCUCCAGACUCCUAUUCUCGAAGCUUGACGAAGCGUUCCGCAUCCUGCAGCAGCAUCUCAUUUUUCUGGUCCUUCGACAGGAUAAUUCCAGAGUUACAAGUUCACAACGUAUUUUUAGCAGAAGAAUACAAGGAGAGCUUCGAUGCGAUCUUCCACCGACACCAGCUACCCAACGAGCCGUCCUUCUACGUCAAUGUCCCGAGCCGGAUUGAUCCCACAGCCGCACCGGAGGGCAAAGAUGCAGUUGUGGUGCUGGUGCCCGUCGGGCACAUCACCGAUGAUCCAUUGAACCCUCAAGACUGGAAUCGCUUGAUAGAUCAUGCGCGAGAUGUCGUACUAAAGACAAUUGAGUCUCGAACGGGGGCCUUGGACCUGCGAGGCAGUUUGAUUGAAGAAUCGAUCGAGACGCCCAUUAGCUGGAAAGCGAAGUUCAAUCUCGACCGCGGUGCCAUUCUUGGCCUGUCGCACUCUUUCUUCAAUGUCUUGAGCUUCAGACCUACGAUCAGGCACGCCAGUAUCCAGGGGCUGUACUUUGUUGGUGCAAGUACGCAUCCCGGGGCGGGAGUUCCGGUGGCUCUUUCUAGUGCCAAAAUUGUGACUGAAAAUGUUUUGGCGGAUUCUUCAAGAAAUAGGAAUGUUUGGGCAUCUGACUUUUUUAUUCUGCUCCUGUUCUUAUUGCCGUUGGUAUUGAUAGGGCUUCACUUUGCUAUUUCGUCAUGA